UAUUUUCUUAUCUCGUCUCUCCAUCUUCCCCCACCCACCGCCUCUUUUCCCUUUUUCACUUCUUCUCUUCUACAGAUCCGGCACCGACCACCGGGGUUUUCCACUGGUUCCGGGUUUUACCAAUAAAUACAGCAAGCAGUACUCUCUCUCUCUCUCUCUCUCUCUCUCUCUCUCUCUCUCUCUUGUAAAGACAAUUAAAUUUCAAAAAAAAUCACAACCACCGCCGCCGCCAUGAGAACGAGCAACCACCUAAUAGGCGCCCUGAACUUCCUCACCUUCGUCCUUUCGAUCCCCAUCCUCGGCGGCGGAAUAUGGCUGAGCAGCCGCGCGAACAACACCGACUGCCUGAAGUUCCUCCAAUGGCCGCUCAUAAUAAUCGGCGUCUCCAUCAUGGUCGUCUCCCUCGCCGGAUUCGCCGGCGCCUGCUACCGGAACAACUUCCUCAUGUACCUCUACCUGUGGGCCAUGUUCAUCAUCAUCGCCACCCUACUCGGCUUCGUCAUCUUCGCCUACGCCGUCACCGGCAAGGGUUCCGGCCAGCCCGUGAUGAACCGGGCCUACCUCGACUACUCGCUCCAGGACUACUCGGGUUGGCUCUCGGAUCGGGUCGCGAGUGAUAGUUACUGGGCCAAAAUCGGGUCCUGCAUUAGGGAUUCACGCGCGUGCAGAAAGAUGGGCAGAAAUAUUGGGGGCGUUCCUGAAUCUGCCGAGAUGUUUUACCUCAGAAAACUCAGCCCUAUUCAGUCUGGAUGUUGCAAACCGCCUACAUCAUGCGGCUACGUGUACAUAAACGAGACGGUGUGGACGCCAGGUGGCGGCCUCGUGGGGCCCGACACAGAUUGCACAAAAUGGAGCAACGACCAGGAGCAAUUAUGCUACGGGUGCGAUUCUUGCAAAGCUGGGGUAGUGGCUAGCUUGAAGAAGAGCUGGAGAAAAGUGUCGGUUAUUAACAUAGUUGUCUUGAUAAUCCUCGUCAUACUCUAUGUGGUUGCUUGUGCUGCUUUUAGGCACAACAAAAGGAUCGAUAAUGACGAGCCUUAUGGAGAGACAAGAAUGGAGAAGUCGCAGCCUAGUAGGAUACAUUUCUAGAGGUGCGUUUGGAUUUUAAAGAUUUUUACGAGCAACGCGCGUGUGUGGAAUUAUUUCGCAGUUUAUUUGGUGUUUUCGGAAAAAAAAAAAAGAAAAGAAAAAAAACACUGUCUGUAUAUUUUGUAUUAAUGUGAUGACGUGUCUUGUAAUGGAACUGUUUAAGAACUAUGCUGCACAUGGAAACUACGUAAGGGUUUAUAAGCAACUGCAUGUGCACAAUGCAUCAUUGAGUAGACAUGGAUGGAUCCAUGAAAGGUGUUUAAUUAAGAAUGUUAAUUAAUAUUUUGCUGUUUAAUCACUUCAAAUUCAAUUUAUUUUUGGAGAGUAU